AUGGACAAUGAGUUAAAUUUAUUUCGAGAACCAUUGAGUAACAGCGCUUCUAUUGAACAACGACAACAAGAAACAAACAUUGUUGUUGAUAAUUAUUUAUCAUCAUCAUCAACUUCAUUAUCGGAUAUUAAUAAUGAACAUAAACAACAAUCUCUUGAAACACCAGUAACAAAUAUUAAAAAGAAACGUACGAAAUGGCAUGUAUAUGAUACUAUAGCCAAGUUUUUAUUAAAAAAUCGUUUUUAUUUAACUGCUCUUGAAUUUUAUACUGAAUUAUUAGAAAAUGGAUAUGAUUUACCACGUUUACGUGAAUAUUUUUCUAAUCCAGCUAAUUUUGAAGGUUCAUCAAUAACAUCAAAUAAUAAACAAUCAACAUUUAUUCGUAAUCUUACACAUUAUGCUGAUGAUUCUGUAUCACUUGGAGGUGGUGGAUAUGGUGAUUAUCUUCCUCGAACAUCAAGUAGUCAAACAUUUGAUUCAACUUCUAUUGAUAAUAUAACACGUUAUUCAGAAGAUAUUGAUUGGCAUAAUGGAAAUGGUAGUGGUGGAGCAAUGACAAGUGCAAGUGGUGUUGGUGAAUUACGUUUUAAUGAUGAACGUGUUGCUGUUUUAGAAUUUGAAUUAAGAAAAGCACGAGAUACUAUACAAGAAUUACGACAAACAUUAACAUAUGAUUCAGCAGAUGAACAACAACAACAAAAUAAAAAAUCAGAAGACAGAAAUGGAAAAUAUCAAGUUUAUCCAUUAUCAUCAAAUUCAAUACAAUCAUUAAUUCCAUCAGGAUUAACUGUUCGUCCAUUUGAACGUCGCGCAUUAAAUUUUUUAGUUAAUGAAUAUCUUUUAACAAAUAAUUAUAAAUUAACUAGUGUAACAUUUGGAGAAGAAAAUGAUACAUCAGAUUUAGAAGAUUGGGAUAGUGUUGGUUUAAAUUGUGCACGACCACCUGAUUUAACACAAUUAUAUCGUUGGUAUUGUUAUCAAUUAUGUAUUGAAGAUGAAAAACCUAAAAAAGAAGAUUUUACAAUGUCAGUUAAUUUUGAUGAAAAUUUUCAUGAUGAAUAUAAAAAUUUAAAAAUAUCCGUACAACAAAUGCAAUUUGAUUUAAUUCAAUAUAAUAAAAGAAUAAAUCAUAUUGAAGAAGAAAAAUUAAAUCUUAAUGAAGAAAUUUAUUCAUUACAACAUGAAAAAAAAAAUCUUUUAAUACAAUUACAACUUUUACAAAAUCGUUUAAUGUCUGAUGAAACAUCAAAUAUAAUUAAAAUGGAAGAUACAAUACAAUUAAAUUCAUCAAGACAUUUACCACAAGUUUAUCGACGUGCAUGUGAACAUCAUUUAUUAUCUUAUCAUAUUAAUGAUGAUAAACAAGAUGAAGAAAUUGAAUUAAAUCAUGAUUUAGAACAAAAAAUUUUUGAAAGUGUUAUACAUGAAUUAAAUACACUUUCACUUGAUCAAAAAGAUUUAUUAGAUUUAAUUGUACGAACUAUUAUAAAAAUUAAUUUAAAUUUAAAUGGAUCGAAAAAAUUAGAUAUUGUUCCAUUAAUAAUUUACACAUCGAUAUUACAUCCAAAAAAUGAUGAACGUGAUCGUUUACUUAAAACAUUAUUUAAUCUAUUUAAAAAUCCAUCCUAUCAUCAACGACAAGUUUUAUUACAUGGAUGUCUCUGUUUUGCUAAACAAAGUGGUCCAUUACGUGUACAUACUGAAUUAUUACCGCAAUGUUGGGAAAAUAUAAGUAAUAAAAUUGAUGAAAGACGUUGUCUUGUUGCUGAAGCAUGUGGAAUAUUAACACCACAUUCGCCUAAAGAUAUUCGUGUUAGUUUAAUAUUUUCAAUGUUACAACAAAUGCUUGCUGAAGAUAAAUGUGAUCAAGUACGAUGUGUAUGUAGUAAAAGUUUAGCAAUGGUUAUUAAUGAAAUUGAUGAUGAAACUCGUUUAUCUCCAUGUAUUGAAUUACUUGAUCGAUGUUUAUCAGAUACAUCGGAUGUUGCACAAUCAGCAAAAAAAUAUUUAUUACCAUCUAUUGCUAUGUGGUGUCUUGAAUUAAAUAAAAUUUGUUUAGUUUUAGUUGAACAUUAUUUAAUUAAAAUUGAAUCUCUUGUUCAAAAUAUUCAAACUCCAUCAUCAAUUGAUAGUCAACGUUUUAUUCAAUUUAUUUAUAUAUUAACUGAUUUAAUUGUAUUUAUUUUUGCAUCAGCUUUGAAAAGUAUGACAUUAGAUAAUGAUCUUUCUCAAGUAAUAGCAUCAAUACGAACAUUACCAGAUACAACAUAUUCAGAGUUUUAUCAAUUAAAUACAAUUUUAUCUCCAAAUAGUGAUAAAUUACUUCAUUAUUAUGAUCAAUGUGCUAUUAAAGGAGAAUUUCCAUUUACAGAUCAAAUUCAAUUAUAUUUAGAUACUUUUUUAAAACGUUCAUUUGAUGUAAUGGCAGUUAUUGAUAUAACGAAUGGAAAAUUAAUUCAUGCAUGUAGUGAAUUUAUUAAAAUGAUUAGUCGAUAUUUUGGAAGAAAUUUUUGGAAAUUAAAAAUCAAACCACUUUAUGUUACAAUCAAUUCGCAAACGUCGCAAGACGAAAUUCGACCAACGACCUUUGUUCUUUAUGCGACUGGUGUAUUAUGUGCUUGGACAACAGAACAAGAACGAGCUGAAUUGACGCAAUAUAUAUAUGAUGCACUUCUUCUUGUUGCUAAUCAAAAAUUAUCAAUAAAUACUUUACAAGCAAUGUAUGCAGAAAUUGGAUCUGAUACAAAUUUUCAAGAUAUUUUAUUAAGUAUUCUUCGAGAUUCUCUAACAAAUACAAAUCCACAAGUUCGUUUAUAUACUCUACAAUUAUUUAAUACUACAUUAGCACUUGUCAAUCAUUCGACAAUAUCCCAAAAGAUUUUACCAGCUUUGAUUACGCUUGCAUCUGAUGAUGAUAUAACUGUUCGAACAGCAACUAUAUCAGUAUUCGGAUCAAUUAUUAUUCAAUGCUCAGAGCCUGAAAUUCUCGAACGAGUUUAUGCUCAAUUUCAAAUAUUUGAUAGUGAUACAACAUUUCGUGAUGAACAUCGUGUUCAAAGUGAAUUUAUAAAAACUUUUACUCAUAUUGCACCACAUGCUGAAAGUAAAUUUCGUGAAGAUUUUAUUCUCCCAUUUUUGGCAUUAAUUGCUUCACAAAAUUCUCAACAACAAUCAGAACGUGGUCAAGCAAAACGUCUUGAAAUAGCUACAUAUUUAUUUGAAGCAUAUAGUGCACUAUCAUGUUGUUUUCAUUCGGGUCAAUCAAUAUUAAAUAGUUUUCUACCGGGUCUCUAUUGUUUACGUGUAGAUUUUGCACAAUUAAGACCUGAUAGUGUUGCUGUAUUAGAUUCUAUUAUUAAAGAUCUUGAACAUAAACUUGAACAAUAUCGACAAGAUAGUUCAUUAUUAAUCGGUGGUACGAAUCUCACUCAAGAAAAUAUUCGAGGACGAAUGCUCAAAGGUUUAACGAAUUUUCGAGAUUCAACUGAAAAAUUAACUUAUAGAUUUAUGAAAAAAAAAUAA